GAACCAGAACCAGAACCAGAACCACAACCACAACCACAACCACAACCAGAAUCAACCUCGCUCCCCACGUCAAGAUAUCAUCACUUCAGGCCUCAAAAUGCGCUUUACUUCUUUUGUCAAGAUCCUAGUCGGUCUCGCCGGGCUCACUGCCUCCCUGCCCACACCGAAUACUAUUGGUGCAGGCGAUGCCAUCAACAAAAGGGACGAGACGGUCCAUCCACCGCUAGGAGCAGGCUUUUCUUCCCUCGAUCGCCGCGCAGGCGUAGGCAGCACGCGGAGGCCCCCAUCAACCCUCUCAAACAACCCAUCUGCCCUCAACGCAAACAGCCGAGCCUCUACCAGCCGGCCGGGAGGCACAAAUACACAAGCCGCAAAGAAGAUCACGCAACCCGCCGGUCGCCAGCCGUCGGGCUCCGGCUCUAGGACGAGUGGCGGCGCGAACCCCGGGGGACUGAGCAGUGGUAAUCGUCCCAAGGGCAUCCACCAAGUCCGCGUCUGCCCCGAGAUCCGCAAGGGGCUCUUCCGCCGCGCCGACGCAAACGUCAAGCUCGCCUACUCCAACGCGCCCACGAUUGCCGACCAGCCCGGCGAGGAGGUGGGCGUGAGCAACCUCAGCGGCUGCUCGGCCGUCUUCUUGUACUCGGGCAGCACCGUCGUCGCCCUGCACGUCCAGGCCGGCUUGGAAAAUGCCGAGACCAGGGGUGUCGUGCGGACACUGACCGGCACUUAUACAUUCGACUACGCCAUAGUGCAUGCGGAGGACAGCUUCAAGGCAAACGAUAUCGAAGCCGCUCUCAAGAAGGACAUCAGGGAGAGUAACUUUGUUGUCGCUAAGAAUCGCUAUACUUACAACCCCGCAGACCGUACUGAGCGGCAUGAGUUCGUCGCCGGUUACGGGUCAAAGUCUAGGAUCUCUGGCGACGAUGAGGAAUGUGGAGUUUGA